GAACUAUCCAAACUCGAUCAAUCUAAUAAAACAACAAUGCUUGAAAUGGAAGUAAACUGUUUAAAGAAAGAACUACUUGAUCAAACUUAUAAAACGAAAAUCGAAAAGGAAGAAUGUAACUCAUCCAAGCAGGCACUGCUCAUAUUGAAGCCUGACCACGUUGUCUUCCAUGUGGUAGCUUCCAGUAAUUCCAGUCCCGGUGUGGUCAUUUUCGAUCACGUGAUCUCAAAUAUUGGAAGCAGAUACGACAAUAACUCCGGGAUUUUUACAGUAAGAACAACAGGCUUGUAUGUGUUUUCUUGGAGCAUAGAAACUUACGGACAAUUGACUGAGGCUGCGCUUUUAGUGAACAGAAUAGAAGUAGGAAUAACGAAGUCUGAUGAGGCCCCAUCCUACUACGACACAACUACUUCCUUCGCUGUCCUUAGCCUCAACAGAAAGGACAAAGUCUGGGUUAGAAUCAAAAGCGGGCGAGCAGAAGCGAUGCAUACAUGUACCAUAUUUUCUGGAUGGAAGAUCAAUAAAAGCGGUAAAGAAUUUAUACCUCUUUGA